AGUUUGGCGACGGUACAGGCGGGCCCUGGGCUCCGGCAGCUGGGAUGGAGCAGAAGUGUGCCUGGCGCCGCAGGGCACACAGCUGACUCUGCGCACCGCCACCGCUUCGCCUAGCGCCGCCAGACGCCAAAGCUGCCACCAAAGCUGCCUGGACUGAUCCAGCCGGGCGGUCAGCUCCACCCGCUCCUCCCGCAGCCCACCGGGCGGAACAGGAGCUGCUGGUGACCAACGCACUUGGUCAGUCCCAGGAAACUCUUCCCUAGCCGCGUCCAGCUCGGUACCGAGCGCCGGAGUAACAUGGUCUGCAAGGCGCUCAUCGCUCUCUGCAUCUUCACCGCAGGACUGAGGGUCCAGGGUGCAUCGACAUCAGCCCCCUCGCCUGUUUCUCUUAUGACAAAAAUUACCCCUCCUCCAGCCACAUGGACUACCUCUGCACAAAACACGGCUCUGCCCACCACCCCUGUAACCAGUGGCACUCACAAUGCCUCCGUUAUCCCCACUACUGCUACAUCGCUGACAUCUCAGCUUCCCGAGGACAAUUCUACUGACCCCAGAGAAGAGGCUGUCACCAGCCCGGCUUCAAAGAGGAGUAACAGCAACACAGACUCUUCACCUACCGGCUUCUCCUCAACGAGCAGCAGUGUCCACUUGACACCCACACCCAAGGAACAGAGUCCUGGCAGUCCUGAAGCAAGUGUGCCAGCCACUGCGUCACAGUCCCCCACGCUCAUUUCUACUCAGGCCCCAACCUCAACAUCCACAUCCCAGGCCAUUUCCCCACCUGAGUCUCUUUCUGCCUCUGCCGUUACCUCUAAUCACAGCUCCACUGUGACCAGCACCCAGCCCACAGGAGCUCCAAUGGCACCUGCAUCCCCAACAGAGGGGCACAGCUCUCGUCACACGCCCACUUCCCGUGUCACAGCAGAGCCAGCACCCAAGGAGAAGGUACCCCAAGAUACUGAGCCUGGCAAAGUGAUCUGUGAGUCUGAGACCACCACCCCCUUCCUGAUCAUGCAAGAAGUGGAGAAUGCCUUAAGUUCAGGCAGUAUUGCCGCCAUCACCGUCACUGUCAUCGCCGUGGUGUUGUUGGUGUUUGGAGCUGCAGCAUACCUAAAGAUCAGGCAUUCCUCCUACGGAAGGCUGCUGGAUGACCAUGACUACGGGUCCUGGGGGAACUACAACAACCCGCUCUAUGAUGACUCCUAACCAAGGGAGGCGGCUGGGGGACAAGAAAUAGCUGCCCUUUAUUUACAAGUGCUUAUCCAGUAGAAUUAAUAACAAGUACCUGAUGCUCAUUGAACGACAAUCGCAAGCCCUGUUCUGUUGGUAUGGUUGUUGUUUUGUUUGUUUUGUUUUUUCCUCCCUCUCCUCUGGCUGCUACUACCGCAUCCCCCUUCUGGUACAGAAGAACAGUUUUGUAAAGGCCAGUGGAGGCCGAUUUGCAGCUGACAUGGCCAUCGCUGCACUGAGCAGGCCAGACACUGUGAGGUAGAGGCUGCAGCCCCCACCACAGGACCCGUUUGGGAAAGACUUGAGGAAAAGGGCUCAGGUUGCCUUGUUGGGGAUUUAAUUUUAGGGGAACUUUUGGUUUGGGUUAUUUCUUAAACUUCUCUAGAGGCAAUUACAUGAAGUAUCUAUCAGUGGGGAGAAAAGGAAUGUGUCCCUGGAGGCUACCACCCUGUGUGGAGGAAGCAAGGGAUUCCUGAUUUCUUUUUAAUCCCUGGCUGUUCGCCUGGCUGUAUCUGACAGGGUGCCUACUUGGUCCUACAAGCAGGGAGACGUCUCUUGGCUGCCUAAUUAAGGAAAGAUGAAAGAGGGCUGUGCCCAGUGGGAGAACAACAGGAAAGAGCAAAGUAAUCAUCCCAAGCAGGCUCUCCCAUUCUCCCCAUCCAGGCCACUGGAUGGCAACGGGAAGCCCCGCCCACUGGCUUUCAGAAAAGUUCCAAGGAGAAGCUGGGAGAUGAGCUUGAAGAACAGAAAGGGAGAGGCAUGUGGAGUAUCAGUGGUGAGGAGAGAAGGGUGAGAGAAGAAAGGAAGGACAAAAGCUCACGUGGAGCCUCUUGAAGCAAGCCAGAGCCAGCUCUCCACAGUAGUGGGAGAUGCCUAAAUCUUGGAGGAGUCCACAGAGCAAUGGCUCACUGCCUUACUGUCUAUAUUGGGUAAUGGCUCUGUGCUAUUUUUAAAAAAAUGUUAAAAGAGGCAGUUAAUCUUCCAUAGGAAGGAGACACCAAGAAUUCCUGUUCAUUCUCCCCAACACCUCCCUCACUUAUCUCCCUUUUAAUACAAGAACACCUCUGGGUCUCCAGUCUCAAAAUCCUGUACAACAAAUUUUGAGGAACAUUCACUUUUCUUGACCGGCAGCCAUUUAUUUCACUUAUUACCCAUCAGGAAGUGAUUUUUGUCUUCUUCUCCUAGGGGCAUUUGAAAAUGUCUAGUGGCAAUUUUUGACUGCUUCUGCUUAUCUGGGAGCACCCCUAAGGGGUAGAGACCCUGGAGCCUGCUAAACCCACUACUUUCCCCAAGACAACCAGCCACCACAGAGAGCCUCCUAGUCGGAAACAUCAAAGGCUGACAUUGAGACUGAGAUUUAUUGUGAUGUCCUUGUGAUGUAGAAAGACAUACAUCAGUAAAACCCUUUCAUUUUAGCAAAGUGAAACAACAUUUUUUUUUCUCCAAAGUGUUUAGUUUGUUGACUGAUAGGUUGAUUCCUGGCAUGUGCAGUUGCCUUAUAUUGGUUUGUAUCUCUAGAGAGCUUUAUUACAGGGCUACACCGCUGUCCUUCUGCAACAUCUGAUAUUGGCACCCAGCGUCUUACUGAUUUCAUGUAAUAGGAAGCAUACAUCUUAAAAUAUGUUACAUUUGUCCUAUGAUGUCACAGAGGGGAAACGAUCAGCUAACUCCUUGGACAGACCCUGCCCCAUGACUUUGCUGAAGAAAACACUCUAUAAUGCUAUCCUGAACCCCUCUGGUGUGUAGACCACAAGUAGGGGUUUUCCCCACAACCUGCCAUCCAGACUCUAAGGGAAAUUCUUCCUAAAUCUCAGAGGUGCCCAAAGGAAAGCACAAUCAUCAAAGGUAGUCUGUAAGCAGAGUGAGUAACAAGGAGUGGGUUUGCAGAAAUUAAGAUAUUCCUGAAUGAACCACCAGACACACACACACACACACACACACACACACACACACACACACACACAAAUGGACUUCCUCAUAAAAACUGCAAGGGUAUGCCCUCUGGCCAUGCUUGACCUAAACAACUAUCCCUUGUUACUACCCUGACCCCUUCAUGGGUCUCUAGUUAGUCAAAAGACAAGCCAAUACAAAUAGGGCAUUCUACUUCUCAUUUUCCUCCACCAGCCAAAAACAUUUUUGACAUAUGACACAAAGCUCUCCAUGAAACACUUUAGGAAAAUGUACUUCAGAUAUUACUUCUGGGGUCAGUCCUAGGCCAGAGGAACCAGCUUCCUCCCAAGAACCCUCACCUGUUAGAAACCAAAGGCACAGCAAGAAUAUUUUCACACCAAAAGAUGCCAUUGUGCAUGAACAUGUGAUUGCUUUUGCUCUGGUUAAUUUCCAAUUGCUUUCAGCAAAACACAGGGCAGUCAUAUCCACCAAGGUGACAGCUUCCCCUCAAAACUCAAGAACAACCCUUGCUGUGCUUGUUAGUAUAAAAUAUGUACAUAUAUUUUUCCUCUAUUGAAUUGGCCAAGAGAUUUCAGCAUCUUUAUUCUACAAAUGUUGCUACAUACACACACACACACACACACACACACACACACACACACACGCAUCCCUCUGAAAUACACGCCAAUAAUUGAUGUCCUUUACCUCAGGGAUAGUUAGUUCACAUCUACACAAGGGAAGUUCUAGUAGAUUUAAAUAGUCACACCCCACCAUGGAUAGGACUGGCUAUAAUGUUUUGGAGAAAAAGUCAGAGCAGAAAGCAAGCUAGGAGCCCCUUCUCACUGGACUGCACAUGAUCAGAGAAUGGUGUGUAACUCCGCUUUCCUUUUCCUGUAGUUCAGAUUUCCUGUGGCCCUGGUGGGGACCCCUUGUCCUCCUUACACAGCUGUGUCUUCAUUUAUAAAGAGGGGGUGAUGCUUUCAUAGGGGCCUCAGCCCCUCCUACCUCACAGACGUUCUGUGAGGACUUAUGAAAUUGUGUCUACAGUGUUUUCAGUUUCUGGAGAAAAACUAUUUAUGGACAUUUCAAGUAUUAUAUAGAUAUAUAAGUGAUCUCAGUUUCUUAUUUGCUAUUAUAUUGGUAUGUUGUUUUUACUUAUUCUAUAAAACGACGGUUAAUAUCAUAGCCACAUCAGACGGCUAUCAGAGCUCUGAACUUCCCUCCCAUGCACCUGACGGAUGCAGGGUUAACUGUCCUGGAACCAGAAAGAAUGAUCUCCCCCUCUGACUGAAAAGAUGGCCCAGGACACAGGUCUCACAGACGUGCAUCAGGAUCCAGGUUAGGAUGACACACAAUGGAUACCUGAGCACUGAUGGCCGAAACCUCUGACUUUCACACCCCGGGGUCUCGGAGGAGCAGAUUGUGCUCUAAUGUAAUUUGUUUGCCCUUCAUCUUGCUUGCAAGGGUGCAUGGUUUGAUCCUAUGCAUCUUGAAAAUUUGUGAAUGGUCCAGAUGCUAAUUUGCACGUCGAUUCACCUUUGCCUUUAACCUUCUUUUGAGGGCAAAUGGAUGUACCAUUUCAACUUUGAUCUCGGAAAUGUUAGUUGAUAUUAGCUCGUUGCCACAUUUCUCUCUUGGAGUAAGUUAGCUGACACUGUUGAAAGAUGGGAAGGUGUGCAACGUCUUUGAUAUUUGAUGAUGUCAUAUCCACAUUUGUUGUAAGACCUAUUGCAUACCAAUUAUAAUUCUACCAAUUAAAGUGGUUAAAAGCUUA